UAAAAUGUCUCUGCUGCAAACUCUGUCUCUCUUCCUCAUCACAAUCCUCAACUCCAACUGGGUUUGCAGCACAACAGAGUUCGUCUUCAACGCCAACUUCAACUCCUCAAACCUCCUCUUAUUCGGCGACGCAACGAUCCAACAACGACACUCCUCCUCCUCCUCCUCAAACGACAACAACAACAACAAAAUCCUCUCCCUCACAAACGACUCCACAACUUUCUCCAUGGGCCGAGCUCUCUUCCCUUCCAAAAUCCCCUCAUUAAACUCCACCAACACCUCCUUUUCCACCUCCUUCAUCUUCUCAAUCUCCUCCGUUAACGGCUUCCAACCCGGCCACGGCUUCGCCUUCCUCUUCACACCCUCCGCCGGCCUCGCCGGCGCCAGCUCUUCCCAGCAUCUCGGCCUCUUCAACUGCACCAACAACGGCGAUCCCGACAACCAUGUUUUCGCCGUCGAGUUCGACGUUUUUAAGAACCAGGAGUUUCAAGACAUUGACGAUAACCAUGUCGGUUUGAACGUUAACUCUCUCACUUCCUUAGCUUCCGAACCCGCCGGGUAUUGGGUUGGCGAAGAAGAAGAAGAAGAAGAUGAUGAUAUGGAGUUCAAGAAAAUUGAGCUUAAAAAUGGGGUAAAUUAUCAAGUUUGGAUUGAUUUCUUUGAUUCGAGGAUUAAUGUGAGUAUGGCUCCUGCAGGCAAGAGAAGGCCUAGGAGGGCUUUGAUAAGCGAGUCUCUUGAUCUUUCUGAUGUUUUUUUGGAUGAAAUGUAUGUUGGGUUUACUGGGGCAAGUGGGCAAUUGGUUGAGAGUCAUAGGAUUUUGGCUUGGAGUUUUAGCAACACAAAUUUUUCGAUUGGUGAUGCUUUGGUGACCCGAGAUUUGCCUUCUUUUGUGGCGGCUUCUGAAGGGUCAAGAGGGCUUGUUGUGGGAGUUAGUGUUGGUUGUGUUGUGGUGGUUUGUGGUUUGUUGGUGAUUGGGUUUUUGCUUUUGGUGAGAAAAAGGAGGAAAACUAAUAAAGAUGAGGAAAUUGGGGAAUGGGAAAGGGACUAUUGGCCACACAGGAUUGGGUAUAAGGAGAUUCACAAGGCAACAAGGGGGUUCUCGGAAGAGAAUGUGAUUGGGUUUGGAGGGAACGGGAAGGUUUACAAGGGGGUUUUAGCAGGAGGAGUUGAAGUUGCGGUGAAGCGGAUUUCGCUUAAGAAUGAGCAGGGAAUGAGGGAGUUUUUGGCUGAGAUUUCAAGCUUGGGGAGAUUAAAGCAUAGGAAUUUAGUGGGGCUAAAAGGGUGGUGUAAGAGAGAGAAAGGAAGCUUGAUUUUGGUUUAUGAUUAUAUGCAAAAUGGGAGUUUGGACAAGAGGAUAUUUGAGUGUAGUGAGAGUAUGUUGUUAAGUUGGGAAGAGAGGAUUAAGGUCUUGAAAGAUGUAGCUUCUGGGGUUUUGUAUUUGCAUGAGGGUUGGGAAGUUAAGGUCUUGCACAGAGAUAUCAAGGCCAGUAAUGUGUUGCUUGAUAAGGAUAUGAAUGCAAGAUUGGGAGAUUUUGGCUUGGCAAGAAUGCACCAUCACGAGCAAUUAGCCAACACCACAAGGGUGGUUGGGACCGUCGGAUACAUGGCUCCAGAAGUGGUCCAACCCGGCCGAGCCUCGGUUCAAACUGACGUGUUCGGUUUCGGGGUAUUGGUUCUAGAGGUGGUGAGUGGUAGAAGACCAAUUCAAGAGGGGUUUCCAAGCUUGGUGGAUUGGGUGAGGAGGCUAAUGGAAACAGGGGAACUAGUUUCUGCUCUUGACGAGAGGCUAAGGAAAAUAGGUGGAUAUGACGUAGAGGAAGUUGAGAGAGUGCUUUGUUUGGGCUUGGUGUGUGUGAGCCCUGAGCCAAAUAAACGUCUAACUAUGGCGCAAGCUGUGAAGGUGUUGGAAGCGAAGAGUAAUAAUGAUGGUGACAUUGAGUAUGAAGAGGAGGGGAUGGAAGUGGAAUUGCUACAGAGGAUGAGAACUGUCGCGACGACAUCAUCGUCGGCGGCUCCGGAGGCACGGUGGAACUUGGGAGGGAGAGGAGUUCACCCUACGUUUGAGGAGAUCAGAAACACCAUUUCUUCUUCCAAGUCCCUGAGCUCGGAUAUCAUCCGAGUUGGCCGGUGACACUAUAGUGUAGCUUGCUGUUUGUUGUAAAUGGAUGUGCACAUUGCAUAACUGAUGUCUAUGCAUUAGCUCUUUCGUAUUAUGAUCAGACAAUCUAUAGUACUAUUCCUUCAUUCAUUUGUGCAAAUUGGAUUCAUGGGAUUAUGGAAGGAAGUUAAUUAGCUCACACACAUUUAGCUUUGGAUGAAGGCAGGCUUAAAACAUCACCUAUUUAGUGGUUACAUUUGACAUUUGA